AAAGCUUCGUACUAGCAAGGCGACACGACACAAUUUACCCGAGGCCAAACUCACGUACCACAGGUAUACCUGAUAUAAUUGACCAAACAUGCCUGGCGAGCGGUUGAUGUGCGUCUGGGAUGCGGCAUUUGUUCAAACUUCUGAGAAAUCAGACAAACGUUUGACAAAAGAUACUCUUCAUAAAGUCGUCACACAGCUUCGUGAUCUACCUUCUUUAUAUUAUUCCGAGAGUAAAUUCCAGAAUGCCUUCAAAACUGAUGACGAUGUAACAGUUGCUAAAUUUCACAGGUAUCUGUUUGAAGGAUUGGCCGAGAGAGGAUCCCCCCAGUGUGUGGUUCAAGAAGAAGUGGAAAACAAAUGCUGGGAACUUUCUAAAGCCAUGCACAAAUCAAAAAUUUUGAGUCAGGAAAAUGUGGCAAGACUCUGGCAAAUUGGCAAUAGGUUGGCCGACGUAGACACGUUUCCUCCAAAAAUAAGUGGAGGGGUAGCCGACUGGUUUGUCGAUAAAGUCUGCACACACCUUGGCAAAAACUGGAAGUCAACAUCAACACAGGUGAAAUCCUGUGACUUUGACACCCUUCUAGAUAGACUGGUGGAUGACUUCUUCUCCGAAGAAACGGAACAAGCCGUCACCUCGUGCAUCAUUGAGCUCCACUCCUGGUUAGUUUUGGAAAUCAUGAAGUCUGGCUGGUUGUUCAAACGUACGCGUAAGCAAGCGAACUGGUCAAACUGGAUCAAACGCUGGUUUGUUUUAAGUUCAACUCGAAUGUGCUACUAUGAUAACCCAAGCCUGAUAGGAAGUGGAAAACUACGCGGGGAAGUCUUUAUGACAGGAGCAAAGGUUGAAACCAUGCCGCCUUACAAAGGUAUGGUACAUAAGCUGAGUGGAAGGUUCAAACUGAGCAACCGCCCUUACAUAGAAAUUGAACUGGCCACCAACCAACGCAGCCAUCGUCAGUCUUGGAUAAACUCAAUUGAAGAAGUUAUCGAUGCUGCUAAAAACAAGACUACGCCCAUUCAACGUCUCCUGAGAGACCGCUGGAGUGAAAGUGCGACCACGAAAUCUUUACAGUUGGAAGAAUCCGAGCAAAAGAAUGCGAAUGCAAUUUCUGUUGCACACCCAGAAACAGUUGUAAACAUGCGAAAAAAGACGGAACCGUUAGUUCGAGCACCGAAAUUAUCCCAAGGGUCAUCUGCGGGAAGUGAUGAAGACUCGUUCGAUAACUCGGUUAGCUCAAGUCUGAUUAAAGAAAGCAACGAGAAAAUCAAGGCGGUGUUUAUGAGGAUCGAUGCCGAUGGAAAUGGGAAGAUUGACAAUGAUGAAUUCAGAAAAUUUAUUCAAGGGCUUGGACUAAAAAUCAAGGAUCGUGAAAUUAACUUUUUGUUCAAAAGUGUUGUUAAAGCAAAUGUCGACUUCAUCACGUUCCAAGAGUUCUCAGAAUACUUUGCCAACGUCCUUCUAGACGAAAGUGCAGACAGUGAGGCGGAAUCUAAGUUGAGAGCAGCAUUUCUUGUCGCCGAUCGAGAUGGUACGGGUACUUUAAACUUCAAAGAAUAUGCUGAAUACCUGUGGGAUAAAAAGCGAUCCAUUCGUAUGAGUAAACUUCUUACAGCUUUCGAGUUAAUGGAUAUACAGCAACAGGGGCAAGUUUCGUACGACCAGUUUCGGGCCUUUUAUAAACACCCUAUAUCGGGAAUUCCAGAAAUUGCUGAGGAGGAAGAGUGUGCCAAAGUGGAACAAGGCCUCAGCGCCGUAGAAACUAAGCUGAAGGACUUUUACAACAAAGCCGAAGCUGAUGAGCUUGCCCAUUUUAUCCGUGAACGAUGGAAUAAGUUUGCUACCUUUCGUCGUUAUGGUGCAUCUGGGCAGGUGGCUAUGACCGGUGGUCAUGGAAUGGUAGAUGACGUAGUACCUGGAGACUAUUCUCUCCUUGAGCUCGCUUGUUUUUCCGAUCUGCCUCCACUCGUUCCGAAACAUAAUGUCGUAAAAGGUGUUCGUUGGGAGAAAAGUGGAAGACCCGGGAUGUCUGGGAAGCUCAUUUUCCCGGCAGACUUUAACGGUGUUCUCUUUACUGACACCGCCACACCUGAGCACUUACGCUACUACGGCUGUAGCUUUGCUGAAGGAAACCAGUUAAAGAUCUCUCUGCUCUACAGACACGGCAUUCAAGACUUUACCUAUGAGAAUCAGUACUUAGAAGAUUAUGUGACCUUGUCCAAUGGUGGAUCAGGAGUGGAAAAGCACGAGUUCUCCCAUUUGGACUGUCCUCUUGAGUCAGACUCUGGAAACUUCAUUCUUGGGAAGAUUGUUGGUGACGAUGAGCUUCAUCUGACGGCCUUCCAUGUGCCAAUCCGCCACACCCUAUACAUCCCAGCAAAUGUCAUCCACAGUAACGAUUACCUGAAAGGCACCUGGCGAACCAUGCUCUCUGACGAAGCUGAAAUUGAUCAUGUCCAUCUGGUUAGACCAAACAAUCAGAACAAGCUAGAACACUUCAAAUUUGAGUUUGAAUCUUAGGUGUAACUACCUAUGUACUGAAGUGGAACAGAUGUACACAUACUAUAUAUACACACAUGUGUAUAUAUAAUAGUACUGUCUGAAAUCCUUAACGUCAUGCAUCUAAACACUUGUCUGGUUUUCUUUGAAUAUACAUAUGUUUGAGAAUGGAAAGUGAGACACCAUUUGUGAUAUGGCCAUGUAACUUAUGCAAUUCAUAUGACAUUAUAAUGUACAUGUAAUGUGUGUUCUAAGGGCACGCUCUGUCUAUACCAUUACUUCAAGUUCUAAUUACCAGUUGUCUUGUUCAUUUCUGUUCUUAUUUUGUAAAUAUAUAUUAUCUUGUUGAUUUAUUAUCAGAAUGUAUAUUUGAUUUUGUUGUCUAAUGAAAACACACCCUUCGCGC